CCGCCAGGACGCGGUUCUGUGCUGGGCGGCGCUGAGCUGAUAGGUAGGCCAGAGUGGACCGACUGCGAGCUGCUCUCCGAGACGGCUGGCGACCGGUGGAGCAGUGUGGGCGCCCUGGCCUCGGGCGCGGAGCCUCGCCCGGCGGGCGGCGCACACUGAGACGGCGCCAGACAAACGGUCACGGCCGACGGCGCGCGGCGGCCGCGCAGACCCGACGACCCGGCCCACCGACACAGAAUACUGCAUAUCACCAUGGACGACUACGAAUCGCUGAGGCGGCUCAGCGAAGCAGGUGUUGCGCGGCGCUUCUCGACAGACACUGUGUUGACACGGGACACGGACAGCUUCAUGGUCGGCGAGCUGGUGUUUGUCGGCGGAACGUUGCCCGGCAAGAUCGCCUACAUUGGCGAGACAAAGUUUGGCGGCGGCGACUGGGCCGGUGUCGUGCUCGAGAAACCCUUCGGAAAACACGACGGCACCGUGGGUGGUCACCAGUACUUCCAGUGCGAGCCGCGGCACGGCGUGUUCUCUCGGCUCACCCGUCUCAGCCGGGAGCCGCUGGGGUCGCCGCCGCCCGAGUGGCACGCCCCCUCCACCUCCGCCGGCGGCGGGUCCCCCUCCCGGCGCAGCUCACAGGCCUCGGCAGACGGCGGCGCCGACUCUCGGCCCGGCUCGCGGCGCACCUCUCGCUCCAGCCCGGUGGCUACCCUGCCCACCGGCGCGCGCCGCAGCUCCAGCCCGGCCAAGGCGCCGCCGUCUCCGGCGCGGCGCAGCUCCAGCCCCAGCUUCACAGUGCCGACGCCGGCGCGGUGCGGGGAUCGGGUCUCGGUGAGCAGCAGCGUCAUCGGCCGUCGGCUCGGCACCGUCCGCUACGUCGGCCACGCCGAGUUCGCCGACGGUGUCUGGGUCGGUAUCCAGCUGGACGAGCCGCGCGGCAGGAACGACGGCAGCGUCGCCGGCAAGAGGUACUUUGAAUGUGAGCCGGACUACGGGCUGUUCGCGCCGCUGAACAGGGUGACGGUCGUGCAGCGGCGCAUCUCGGCGAGUCGCGACCACGUUGGUGCCGACGUGGACGGCUUCUACUGAGCUCGGCUACCUCGGCUGGCGUCUGCUGGAGCCGCUACCACCGCGUCAGUGUCCUCCGAAGAUGGACAGCCUAAGAUAGAUGUCUGGUCAACUGUCAACUCCAGCGAUCCUUGUCACGAAGAGAUGACAAGUGCGACUUUUCGAGUGGCGAUGACUGCGGUUGUCUGUCCGAUGGUCUGGACUUGAUGCAGGCCACAGACAUAACAAAUGCCAGGGCGUGGUGUCCUGCACAUGUUAGAGGAGGGGUUAAUCCCCUAUAGCUUAACUAUAGUCAUCCUAACCUGAGGUCAAGUUUUCUCUAAUGUUUUAAAGGUCGCGGUCGGCGCUGCGUAUCGCCGCAAUCAUCACCUAGUUAAUACGCAGCCAAGUAAAACGUGCCACGCUGUAGGUAUAUUGUACAUUGUACAGUAUUUAUAACAGUAUUACACAGAUUGUGAAAAUAUGGAUUACCUAUCUAAUGACUAUUUGCUCCAUGAUGUCCGAGGUCAGGAUAACUGCUUAGAUACUUCAAUGACCUUGCCCAUAAAAAAAUACAAUUGCGCAUUCGA